AUGUCUGACAGGGGGCGACAAUACGACGCGGAGGAAGAAGACUAUGGGCCCAGGACCGUUCAUGGGAACUUCGACGCCGAUGGUAAACUAUGCCGCAGCUGUGGUGAACCGAAUCACUUUGCACGAAACUGUCCCUACAAGGGUGGCGGUGGAGGGUACGAAGGUGGUGGGGGAGGCGGACGCGCAUGCUUUAAUUGCGGCGAGGAAGGUCACAACAAGGCCGACUGCCCCCAGCCCCGGAAGUCAAUGGGCGCGUGCUACAACUGCGGCGAGGAAGGGCAUUCAAAGAGCGACUGCCCUCAGCCUCGAAAGUCGUUCGGGGCAUGCUACAACUGUGGGGAGGAAGGCCAUUCAAAGAGCGACUGCCCUCAACCCCGAAAGGCAACGGGCGCAUGCUACAACUGCGGGGAGGAAGGCCAUUCGAAGAGCGACUGCCCUCAACCCCGAAAGUCAAUGGGCGCAUGCUACAACUGUGGAGAAGAAGGUCACAACAAGUCCGAUUGUCCCAAGCCUCGCGUUUUCAAGGGAGCGUGCCGUAUCUGCAACCAAGAGGGCCACCCGGCCGCUGAAUGCCCCGAAAAGCCGGUGGAUAUUUGCCGAAACUGCAAAGCCGAAGGCCACCAGUCGAAAGACUGCAAAGCAAACCGCAAGUUCGAUCUUAACCAUGUCGCCGACAAGCUUCCCGAGGAAGCAUGGGCGAUGAUGAAGGCUGCAAGUGAUGAGAAGGAGAUUGGCGAAUUCCGAGAGGCCCUCCAGAUCUACGCCAAGGCGUGUCCAGACGAGACCUUCCAGACUAUCGGCAAAAAAAUGCUGGAUGAUGAAUUCAAGAUCUAUCUUAUCGCCCUGGAAAAACCCCUCGAGGAUGUCAUCAGCUUAAUUGAUCUGCAAGGACAACUGGACCGCCAAUAUGUUGUUGGUUUCUAUUACAGCGACAAGCCUCAGCGCGCCAAUCUCCGAGAGCGCUGGCCUGAAAACCCAGAGGACAAUCUUGAACGCCUUCAAAACGCGGGACUUCCCUACGACCGGCAAGUGAUGAAGUGCCGUAAUUGUGGAGAAAUGGGCCACAGUUCGCGUGGAUGCAAACAGGAGCCUGUCUUGUUUGAGAAAACGGAGAUCAAGUGCGCCAACUGUGACUCGCUUGGGCACCGAGUGCGAGAUUGUCCACAACCGCGUAAAAGUCGAUUCGGGUGCCGCAAUUGCGGCUCCGAAGAACAUGAAGCCCGGGAAUGCCCUGAGCCCCGAUCAGCCGAUGAUGUCGAGUGCCGUCGAUGCAACGAAACCGGACACUUUGCCAAGGAUUGCCCGAACUCUGCUCCACGGGAACCUCGCACAUGCCGUAAUUGCGGUUCUACCGAGCAUAUCGCUCGUGAAUGCGACCAGCCCCCAAACCCCAACAACAUGAUUUGCCGAAACUGUGAUGGAAAGGGUCAUGCUGCUCGUGAUUGCCCCGAGCCCAAGAACUGGAAUAAAGUCAAGUGCAACCGAUGUGGCAACAUGGGUCACACUGUUCGACGAUGCCCUGAGCCUGAAGACAAUGAAGCUUCUGAUAACCGUGGAAAUGAAGGCGAAUCUCGCGAAGACUUCCAAAUUCCCGACAACCAUGGAUAUGGCGAGCUCCACGAAGACAACAAUGGAGGAGGAUACGACGAAGAUGGCGGCCAAUGGUGA